AUGGUGAACAACACCUUGGAGGACCUUCAGGAAAUGGCCGACAUGCCGAAUCCUGGCACAAACAGCAAUGAUGCCGAAGCUAAUCUCGGUAUCGGGCGAUUGGCAGCGAACAUUGAGUUCUUACUGCUGAAGGUUGCCGAGCUUGAAACCGUCGUCGAACUUCAGCAGAUCGAGCUGAACAAAGUCUCAGGCUGCUGCAGUUCGUCGUUGCUACAGACGAAGAAAACGAGAGAGCAAGAAGGUGCCCGGCAGGCAGAGAUCAUUUUGGAGAGGGUGCUUCAAAAGCACCACAACGAGCGCGAAUCGAGCAAGUUUGUGACACCGACGGAGAGCGUGGAAGGGAUGAGCCAUGCGCCAACCCCUUCUCCAAGCCCAGUGCCAAAGCCUCCCGCCAAGAGCCAAGAGGUCAGCCUCUUGGAACGUCGGGAGAGCUCGUCCUCGAAACAGUCCGACGAGGUGCUGGAAAGUACUUUGCAGAGCAAGGAAGGUGGCGUCAACCCACUCGGCUGGGUAAACAAGGCUGUCGACAAGGUUAAGGACGCCACCAAAGCCGGCAAUUGCAAUAUCGACCCCCCUUCAUUUAAGCUCAACGGCGACAAGAGUGAGUUGAGCUUGUUUAACGCCGGGUGCUGGAUCUAUGUUGCGGGUAAGAAGGUCACAGUCGUCUCGUUUGAUUUCAGUAAAUAUAAGCUCUCUGUACCUUGGCCCGAACCUCUGAGCACCGUGUUCAAGGCCAUGAAGGCCGUGAAGUCCCUUGUGAAGCUUGGCGAGAAGCUCGUAGACUGCGCGACCAAUCGUUUUGAAGGGAACGAUAUCCGGACUUCGGCGGACGGCAUUGUGACAUGCCUUGGCAACAGCAUCAUCGACCACGUGCCCCCCUUCAGCCACCUGAAGAAUUUGAACAACAUUCUUGGCGACUUUCUGGAGGGGUUUGCCAAGGUGGCGGGCACAGUGGCUGGAAAGGUCUUGAAGGGGGGCUCGUCCUUGAUCCAAGAGGCCGCCCUCUCAAAGUUUCCGGCCGUUGGAGCUUCACCGGUUGUGCACCAUUCAGGUCGCAGCCUCGUGAUCAAAACCCACAGCCGAAAGCACAAGCAGAAGAAGAAGAAGAUGUCGGCCCUUCAGGUGCAGGGCGAUGAGGAUCCUCCCAAUGACGGUAUCAGCUUCAACCUUCACGACGAAGGGAGCAACUACCAAUCCAAGCUGGUCACACAGUUUCAGGGCUACGAGAAGGAUACAAGUUCCUGUCUGGCUUUUGCUCCGAAGAGCAAGCACGGGGCCGACGGUCAGGCGACUGAAGCGGACUGGCAGGUACAGAAUGAGGAUGCAUUCGUGGCGCUGGAGCCUUGGGCCGUGCCGUGCGGAAACGAUUGGAUGAAGAGGAACUGGAACAAAUGGCAAGGCUUCUCCUUCUACACGGGCGAGUCGGCCAUCGAAAGGUGCAUGACGGUAACAUACGGCAUCAAUGUCCAACCCGUGGUGGCCUUUGUGGGAGGUGUGCAGUUCGACGUGAUGCCCGAGCCAUUAGCAUCGGUAGACACCACCGUGUGUUGGCCUGAAGGCAGGCCUGACGGCCAGGACUUGAGCCUGCUGCGCACCGAGAUCAAGUCAAGUGGCGUUCUACUCUUUGGCCGGUCCCUCCGCCUGAGCAAGCGAUUCGGCAGUCCCACGCACUUUGCGGGACAGCACACGCACGCCAGCACCGGAACCUGGCAAGGCUCCACCAACCCCCAACAGGCCAUCUCCAGGACGAAGCUUCUCCAAACGAGCCAAAACGAGGCUCGCCAGGCCUCCAACGAGUCCGGUGCGGCAAACAAUGCUCGGGGCGAAGAAGCACAGGAGGACCAGGGCCUGCUGGAGUGGAUGGAGGAGGAGGACCUGUACCUGGCCUCCGCAAACUACUCCGACCUUGGGAUGAACUUGACCUCAGAGCUUCGCGGCGCAGCGGCAGAACGACAACUGAGUCUCAUUGCCACCAGGGCUCAGGGAGCCUUCGAGCUCUUCAGUUUCAACUUCGCGAAAUCCGGGAUGGUGAAUUUCGAGCUCAAGGCCCUUCUGGACGGGACCAGCCUGGAGAUGCGCACGCAGUUGAGCUUCGCCGAGCGCUUCAAGUCCGAGGAGAAGAAGUUCCUCGGGCUGUUUAGAAAGGGUAUGUCUGUCUGCCUGCCCGGCUGGCUGUCCGUGUGUGCAUGCAUGCCUGUAUGCCUGUAUGCCUGUAUGCUAUAUGUGUGUUUGUCUGUAUGUAUGUCUGUACUGCACAUAGGUAUGUACAUGUGUAUUUAA